AUGGAUUACCAUAGUCCGAAGGGUACAACUUCACAGCUGGCUGGUAUGGUUCCAAAUCCCACCGAUCUAUCUCGUCGACUUGAAUCUACACAAAAAGAACAGGAAGCAAAGGAAAAUUGUUGUGACAAGGAUAAUUCAAUUACCACUCCGUCACGAUCCCCUAACAGUGUACCUCGAGUUGACCUUCAACCUGGUUCUCAAUUGUGGGAUACCACUUUUUCUCCAUCACCUACCCAUAGGUCACCUGUAAAUCUUCAAUGCUGUUGUGGAAGCGACGAUUGUCCAAACCUUGCUGCAUUUUUAAGGAGUUUAAAAUCCAUGGAAGACCAACUCAGGUUGGCUGCUGAGAUUGGUCAAGCACUUUUACAUCAGCAAGAAGGUUAUCAAAAAGAAAUAAAAGAAUGCCAGCAGAAGUUAGAACAUCAGAAGAAAUUAAUAAAUACAGCAAACACUCUAGAUGAACUUGAAGAAUUGAUGCAUGAAUUUGAAAGUUCACAACGAACUUUAACCAUUGAAAAAGAUGAUGCUACAAGACAAAAAAAUAUUUUGGAAAAUAGAAGUGAAGCACUUACAGAGGCACUUGAGUCUAGUGAUAAGAGAGUUGUCGAAUUGACAAAUGAACUCGAAAGACUUGAUAAUGAAGUUAAGCGUCUUAUGGCACAUAACCUUCUGGGCGAACGAAUUGAAGAAAGAGAAGAAAUGUUAAGUAGGCAGUUGGAAGAUUUAAAGCAAGAACUUCAUUUUUCUAGGAAAGCAGAGUUUGCCGCAGAAUCAAAAUUGGAAAAUGAACAAAAAGGUUCUCGAAAAUCAAAAGGAAAAUUAGAAGCAGUAGCUAUGCUUCGCGAAUCAAAAUCGCCACUACCAAAUCCUAACAACGAGGCCAACUCUCAUCUUAUCAAUCUUAUUAAAGAACUCUCAUCGGCAAACAAUAAACUAAAAUCUGAAAUUAGUGAAUAUCGUGAUCUCCUCGCAGAAUCUCGUAAUGAAGUGGGCGGUUUGCAAAGUCAGAUUGAUGAUCUUGAGACAGCACGUGUGGCAGGCUAUCUUCCUCCCGGUAGUUAUGCUGCGUCAACAUUCCAACCAAAUUAUGAAACGGGUGAAAAUAAACCUAGUUCUACUAUCAUGUUUAUGGAUGAAAUUGGAGAUACGUCAAAUAAUAUACCUGGUACUGCCGCUCGAUCAAUUAAUCCACAUAUGUCACCUGUUUUGUCAUCUUCGUUUGGUCCUGGUUCAUAUAACACAUUCAAUAGCUUGGGCGUUGAUCCUUCUGUCCAUUCUCCUGUAGGAUCAGUUGUCUCUUCGUCAAUGUUGUCCAGUUCAAAUCCCAAUCCCCUUCACGUCCAUCACCACUACUACUAUCAUCCCGAGAAUAAUGAUAUUGUACAAGGGAAUUUAUUCGGUGAGCUGGAGAAAAAAUACAUUAAAAAACCAAGAUCAAAAGGACCUAAAUUCAUGCGUAGCUCGAGAAAAAAUAGAAAAACAAUCCCCGAAUUCGAUGAAAAGAUUGAAGACCAAUUUAAUGAUGAAAAUAUCGCUCAGUCCGAGGUUACAGGAAAGAAAUACGUCCGAUCAGAGGGUGAAGACAGUGCGUCAGAUCGAGGUUAUAAUACUGGUCCCAAUGAAGAGAGAGAUGAUAUUGCCAAUAAUGUUUCAGAGAAAAGAUCAAAUGUUUCGUUGUUGUCUGUUGGCCUCAGGUCGGUUGCAGAAGAAUCCAAUACGAUCAAUCAAGCGCAAGAACAAGAGAGAGAAAAAUCUCCAACGAAGAUAGCUUUUGAGAAAGACGCAGAUCGAAGACCUCCAUUAGCUAAUUCUGCGAAACGACUCAGUUUUAACAAAUCAUCAACAGCUACAACUUCAGCUCAACAACACAAGCCAACGCAGUCAUCUCCAUUAGCUGUUCAUCGUCGUAAUGCUUCAGGUGUUUCCGUAGCGGUCGAAGAUCCUCAAUCUUCUAAUUCACCUGCUGUGGAUCAAAAAUCUAAAGGAUUGCAAACGAAACCUAGUUUACCAGCUUUCAAAAAUCCAAAGUUUGCUACUCUUGGACCCAAGGAACGUAAAAUUAUGAUGGAAGCUUGGCGUGCUGAUGUUGCUAAAGAACAACAGCAAAAGGGCUCUAGUAUAGAAAAUAAUGGGUUCGGUAAUAAUUUAAAAAUUGAAAAUCAAUCGACUGCUAAUAAUGGUAGCGAUUCUGCCACUAUAAAAGGCAAAAUUUGGAAUGAUAUGCCCAAUUCUCCAAUCAAAGUAUUUGUUGAAGGUGUUUUGGUAGAUGAGGCUAAUCUUUCUGCUGCCGAAGCUGCUGCUUUUGCUCAUGAAGUUCAAAAUGGAUUAACAGUCUCUGGUACCAAAUCUGCUCAUUCUUGCCAAGCUUCUACUUCAACUCCAUUGCUCAUCACCAAUGAUGUUAACGGAUCUAAGCGCGAAUCUCAGCUUUCUGAAUCUCUUCAAAAUCAAAAUCCUUAUCAAUUGUUAUUUAACCUUGCUAGCCAUAUUAUGGAUCGCAUGAAAGGCACAGAUUUAAUGGCCCUUAAUCGUAGAUUAAAGAGAACAUUUGAUAUUUUGGAAUUGACUAAUUUAAGUAAUAAUUUGAUUGAAAAUAUUCUGAGUGAUGUUGAGAAUUUCAGAGAACGAUUCAGAUGGGUAGAAGAACUAUGCAAUAAUGAUGAAAUGAAAACAAAUCCUAAAAUGGCUUUUAAUGAUUUGAAUGGUUCAGAGAAUUAUAAAAGUCAAAAGGAUCCCUUUAUGUUUUCACCUGAACAUUUCUUACCAUUGGUGCAUCUUUUACAAGAUCUUUUGGGUGAAAUAGGCAAAUUACGCAUGAUAAUUAAUGAUGUUCAGGUAUCUUAUGUGCAGAAAGUAGAUGAGAAUCGCCGAAAAGCUGAAGAGGAAUUUGGUAAGAGUGUUUUAGGUGGAAAAGAUGACGAACGAAUCAGGAGAAGGGAAAGAGCGCUUAGUCAAAGUAGUGAUGGUGGUUUUGGAGCAUAUCUUAGUCGAGUCUUUGGAGGAGUAAAAGAAGCUCAAUCCGUAACACCUGUACGCCAUCAUAACCGGCGACGAUCAGUAGACUUCUUACACGAUCGUGAUGUUUCUGUUGGUAGUAUCGAUACCUUUGCUGAGGACAAUUAUUAUAUAGAUCGUAAUUUGGAGUCAUAUUUGAGAUCGCCAGAUAAUCAAAGAGUUUAUAAAAGAAGAGAAAGUAAUGAUUCAUCGGUUGGAUCAAUUGUAAGACGUGGGGUGAUUUCUUUAUUCGGAGGAGUCGGUAACAGCACUUCUGGAAAGAAGAAUCAGAAGAUCGACAGAGCCGAUAAUUUAGUAAACGCCAAAAAUGGAAAAACGAAAUAUGGCAAUGCACUAGCUAGUCGUAGUAUUAACGGACAUCAGCGAGACAUUCCAUCCAAUAAUCGACACAUUCGUAAUUCAUUGGAUAUAUCGACAAUACCCAUAAGAUCUCCGUCUUCGACAACUAUUCAAUAUCCAAAUACAAUGAGAGAUCAGGAUAUUGAUGAUUAUAAUGGAUCAAUAUGGGACAAGUUCUUUGGCGCUAAAUAG